UGCUGGGAGCCGGUGCAGCGAGUACAAGCAGUCAGGUGCCAGUGUGCCACGCAGAGACUGCCAUUUGUCUGGCGGGAUGCUCCAGCGGGUGGGUUUAUCCUGCCAGUUGGGUCACAACGCAACCUAGCUGGAGGAUAAUUGUGCGUGACCAACAGAUCUUCCUUUGCAGAACUAGCAGAAAUCUGAUCAAGCACAAAGACACCUACAGGUUAUCAGCUGUGUUAGCAGGAGCCACUGGCAGGAGAGGAGUGCACUUGAAGUGUGAACAAUGCCAGUCAUCAAGCGCCUAAGUCAAGCUGUCAAACAGGUGUUGCAGAGACCUGGCUGUGGCUGUCAGGUUACUGUGGUGCCGGUGAGGUGUCUUGGUUUCUCACCCCGGCAGGUAACGUCAGAUGCCAACUUUCAUUCUGUAUCUUUCUCAGAAGCAGAUCAUCCCAGAGUAUUAAUUACAGGGGGUCUAGGUCAGCUUGGAGUAGGACUUUCUAAACUCUUGAGAAAACGCUUUGGGAAGAACAAUGUGAUCCUGUCAGACAUUAGAAAGCCACCUGACAAUGUCUUCUAUAGUGGUCCUUUUAUCUAUUCUGACAUUUUGGACUACAAGAACCUGCGUGAGAUAGUAGUGAACAACCGGAUUACAUGGCUGUUUCAUUAUAGUGCUUUGCUCAGUGCUGUUGGAGAAGCCAAUGUCCCUUUGGCAAGAUCUGUCAAUAUCACUGGAUUGCAUAACAUUCUUGACAUCGCUGCAGAACACAAAUUGCGACUCUUUGUACCUAGCACAAUUGGAGCAUUUGGACCCACCUCCCCUAGAAAUCCAACCCCUGAUCUCUGCAUCCAAAGGCCAAGGACAAUCUAUGGUGUCUCCAAAGUUCAUGCUGAGCUCAUGGGAGAGUAUUACCACUACAGGUAUGGGUUGGACUUCCGGUGCCUGAGAUAUCCUGGCAUUAUUUCAGCUGACUCCCAGCCUGGUGGGGGAACAACUGACUAUGCUGUCCAAAUCUUCCACGAUGCUGUGAAGACUGGCAAAUUCCAAUGCAACCUAAAACCAGACACGCGCCUCCCAAUGAUGUACAUCAGUGACUGCCUGAGAGCUACUUUGGAGAUCAUGGAGGCGCCUGCUGAGUUGCUUAGCAUGAGGACCUACAACAUUGGAGCCAUGAGUUUUACUCCUGAGGAGCUGGUUCAAGAGGUCCAGAAGCAUAUUCCAGAACUUGAAGUUUCUUACAACGUGGAUGCAGUCAGACAAGCCAUCGCUGACAGCUGGCCCAUGAUUUUUGAUGACAGCAACGCCCGCCAAGAUUGGGGAUGGAAACAUGAUUAUGACCUUCCGGACCUGGUGAACACAAUGUUCAACUUCCUUGGCUCUGCAUCCUCUACUACCCAGAUUGCCCGGGCCAACUGACCCUCCUUUCAUGCUAUAAUAAAUGCAACUGGACCAAGGCCAAAUAAAAAAUUCUUCGGUUUUUAA